UGGUUAUUUAAAGCAGUGACUUUUGCCAGGAACAUUCUGUUCCCGGAAGCUCUAAGCUGGUUCCCUCCCAUAGGCCGACUUGGUUUCAUUUUAUUGGAGUUUUUCAAGUUGCAGAGCAGUAAUAACUGCCUAUUCCUCUUGGCAGUGGGCUAUCUGGAGUUGAGGGACCCCAACCGGCGACAAUGACAGCAGACGAGUUGGUUUUCUUUGUCAAUGGCAAAAAGGUGGUGGAGAAAAAUGCAGAUCCAGAAACAACCCUUUUGGCCUACCUGAGAAGAAAGUUGGGGCUGAGCGGGACCAAGCUGGGCUGUGGAGAAGGGGGCUGUGGGGCGUGCACCGUGAUGUUUUCCAAGUACGAUCGUCUCCAGAACAAGAUUGUCCACUUUCCUGCCAAUGCCUGCCUGGCUCCCAUUUGCUCCUUGCACCACGUUGCCGUGACGACUGUGGAAGGAAUAGGAAGCACGAAGUCGAGGCUGCAUCCUGUGCAGGAGAGAAUUGCCAAAAGCCACGGGUCCCAGUGCGGGUUCUGCACCCCCGGCAUCGUCAUGAGCAUGUACACACUGCUCCGGAACCAGCCCGAGCCCACCAUCGAGGAGAUCGAGGAUGCCUUCCAAGGGAACCUGUGCCGCUGCACAGGCUACAGACCCAUCCUCCAGGGCUUCCGGACCUUCGCCAGGGUUGGUGGGUGCUGUGGAGGAGAUGGGGACAACCCCAAGUGCUGCAUGAACCAGAAGAAAGACCACACGCAGGUCACUCUCUCGCCAUCUUUAUUCAACCCAGAGGAGUUCACGCCCCUGGAUCCCACCCAGGAGCCCAUCUUCCCCCCAGAGCUGCUGAGACUGAAAGACGCUCCUCAGAAGCAGCUGCGUUUUGAAGGGGAACGUGUGACCUGGAUCCAGGCCUCGACCCUGACGGAGCUGCUGGACCUCAAAGCGCAGCACCCCGAGGCCAAGCUGGUGGUGGGGAACACGGAGAUCGGCAUCGAGAUGAAGUUUAAGAACAGGCUGUUUCCUGUGAUCGUUUGCCCAGCCUGGAUCCCCGAGCUGAAUUCAGUGGAGCACAGAGCCGAGGGUAUCUCCUUUGGAGCCGCUUGCCCCCUGAGCUGUGUGGAAAAGACCCUGCUCGAUGCAGUUGCAGAGCUUCCUGCCCACAGAACAGAGGUGUUCAGAGGCGUCCUGGAGCAGCUGCGUUGGUUUGCUGGGAGGCAGGUCAAGGCUGUGGCGUCCGUCGGAGGGAACAUCAUCACUGCCAGCCCCAUCUCCGACCUCAACCCCGUGUUCAUGGCCAGUGGGGCCAAGCUGACCAUUGUGUCUAGAGGCACCAGGAGGACGGUUCAGAUGGACCACACUUUCUUCCCCAGCUACAGACAGACCCUGCUACGUCCGGAGGAGGUGCUGCUGACUAUCGAGAUCCCCUACAGCAGGGAGGGUGAGUUUUUCUCAGCAUUCAAGCAGGCCUCCCGGAGAGAAGAUGACAUAGCCAAGGUGACCUGCGGCAUGAGGGUCCUGUUCCAGCCAGGAACCACCCAGGUAAAGGAGCUGGCCCUUUGCUAUGGCGGAAUGGCUGACAGGACCAUCUCAGCCCUCAAGACCACUCAGAAGCAGCUGUCAAAUUUGUGGAAUGAGAAGCUGCUGCAGGACGUGUGUGCAGGCCUGGCAGAGGAGCUGCAACUCGCCCCGGACGCCCCUGGUGGCAUGGUGGAGUUCCGGCGCACCCUCACCCUCAGCUUCUUCUUCAAGUUUUACCUGACAGUGCUUCAGAAGCUGGGCAAAGAGGACUUGGAAGAUAAGUGUGGUAAACUGGACCCCACCUUCACCAGCGCCACCUUACUCUUUCAGAAAGACCCUCCCGCCAACGUCCAGCUCUUCCAAGAGGUGCCCAAUGGUCAGUCUGAGGAGGACAUGGUGGGCCGGCCCCUGCCCCACCUGGCAGCAGCCCUGCAGGCCUCUGGGGAGGCCGUGUACUGUGACGACAUCCCUCGCUAUGAGAAUGAGCUGUCCCUCCGGCUGGUCACCAGCACCCGGGCCCACGCCAAGAUCAAGUCCAUUGAUACUUCAGAAGCUCAGAAUGUGCCAGGGUUUGUUUGCUUUCUCUCUGCUGAUGAUAUUCCUGGGAGCAACAAAACUGGACUUUUUAAUGAUGAAACAGUCCUUGCGAAGGAUGAGGUGACUUGUGUGGGACACAUCAUUGGCGCUGUGGUCACCGACACCCCAGAACAUGCACAGAGAGCUGCUCAAGCGGUGAAAAUCACCUAUGAGGAACUUCCAGCCAUUAUCACAAUUGAGGAUGCUAUAAAACACAACUCCUUUUAUGGAUCUGAGCUGAAGAUUGAGAAAGGAGACCUCAAGAAGGGCUUUUCGGAAGCAGAUAACAUUGUUUCAGGAGAGUUGCACAUUGGCGGCCAAGAGCACUUCUACCUGGAGACGCACUGCACCAUAGCUGUCCCAAAAGGCGAGGCAGGGGAGAUGGAGCUCUUUGCGUCUACACAGAACCCCAUGAAGACCCAAUCCUUUGUUGCAAACAUGUUGGGGGUUCCAGCAAAUCGAAUCUUGGUCCGAGUGAAGCGACUGGGAGGAGGCUUUGGAGGGAAGGAGACCCGGAGCACUGUGGUGUCCACAGCAGUGGCCCUGGCUGCAUACAAGACCGGCUGCCCUGUGCGCUGCAUGCUGGAUCGUGACGAGGACAUGCUGAUAACCGGCGGCAGACAUCCUUUCUUGGCCAGAUACAAGGUUGGCUUCAUGAAGACUGGGAAGAUUGUGGCUCUGGAGGUGGAUCACUACAGCAAUGCUGGGAACACCAUGGAUCUCUCUCAAAGUAUAAUGGAACGAGCUCUAUUCCACAUGGACAACUGCUACACAAUCCCCAACAUCCGGGGCACCGGGCGACUGUGCAAGACCAACCUGCCCUCCAACACAGCCUUCCGAGGCUUUGGGGGCCCCCAGGGGAUGCUCAUUGCCGAGCAGUGGAUGAGUGAAGUUGCAGUGACCUGUGGGCUGCCUGCAGAGGAAGUACGGAGGAAGAACAUGUACAAAGAAGGGGACUUGACACAUUUCAACCAGAAGCUUGAGGGGUUCACCUUGACCAGGUGCUGGGAUGAAUGCCUAGCAAGCUCUCAGUAUCACGCCCGGAAGAGGGAGAUUGACAAGUUCAACAAGGAGAAUUGUUGGAAAAAGAGAGGAUUGUCCAUAGUUCCUACCAAGUUUGGAAUAAGCUUCACACUUAAUUUUCUGAAUCAGGCAGGAGCCCUGAUUCAUGUGUACACAGAUGGCUCUGUGCUGCUGACCCAUGGGGGCACUGAGAUGGGCCAAGGCCUUCACACCAAGAUGGUCCAGGUGGCCAGCAGAGCUCUGAAAAUCCCCACCUCUAAGAUUUAUAUCAGCGAGACGAGCACUAAUACCGUGCCCAACACCUCUCCCACAGCUGCCUCCGUCAGCGCUGACAUCAACGGACAGGCCGUCUACAAAGCUUGUCAGACCAUCCUGCAAAGGCUGGAACCCUUCAAGAGAAAGAAUCCUAGCGGCUCCUGGGAAGACUGGGUCAUAGCUGCUUACCAGGAUGCAGUGAGCUUGUCUGCUACUGGGUUUUAUAAAACACCCGACCUUGGCUACAGCUUUGAGAGAAACUCAGGGAAUCCCUUCCACUACUUCUCGUAUGGGGUGGCUUGCUCUGAAGUGGAAAUUGACUGCUUAACAGGGGAUCAUAAGAACCUCCGCACAGACAUCGUCAUGGAUGUUGGCUCCAGUCUGAACCCUGCCAUCGAUAUUGGACAGGUGGAAGGGGCAUUUGUCCAGGGCCUUGGCCUCUUCACCCUGGAGGAGCUGCAGUAUUCCCCUGAGGGAAGCCUGUACACCCGCGGCCCCAGCACCUACAAGAUCCCUGCGUUUGGCAGCAUCCCCAUUGAGUUCAGGGUGUCCCUGCUCCGCGACAGCCCCAACAAGAAGGCCAUCUAUGCAUCCAAGGCUGUUGGGGAGCCGCCCCUCUUCCUGGCCGCCUCCAUCUUCUUUGCCAUCAAGGACGCCAUCCGCGCAGCUCGAGCUCAGCACACAGAUUAUAAUAUGAAGGAGCUUUUCCGGCUAGACAGCCCUGCCACACCAGAGAAGAUCCGCAACGCCUGUGUGGACAAGUUCACCACCCUGUGUGUCACUGGUGCACCAAAAAACUGUAAAUCCUGGUGUCUGAGGGUCUGAAGAGAUAGCCCCUAGCGAAGUCUUCUUAUGCUGGACUGGGGCUUCCAUGGAGCGUGGAUCAUACCCUGCAGAACAUGAAUCUAUAGAAGUCGUAGGAUGGCACCGCUGUGAGUCAUCAGGAUGGUGUUUGGAAGAACACCGAUGCAUUGGAAGAUUUUGAUCAAAAAUAUGCUUUGCAAACAUAAUGAUAAGCAGAUUCAAAACUGUUGGGCCCAAGUGUUUAGUACACAAUUAGGGUCAUUACAUGUCUGUUUUAAUCAUGUAUUUGAAGUAGGUUUAGGAAGUAUUUGUGCUAUGUCUCAACUCACUAGGAAGCCUGUAUAACCUCAAGGGCUGGCAGUGUCUGUCCUUCAAAGAGGAUUCCCACAAACCUCCAGGAGCUUAAACCAAAGUUAUUCUAAAUCCGUGUGCUUUUCCUCAGAAAGCCUUUCCUUCAAACCAAUGUAUGUCAUAUUAUAACUCAGAUCCAUACUUAAUUUCCAGUGGGACAGUAGGGUGAGAGUCAAACCUCUACUCACCUUUGGGUCACUGGAAGAGAAUAAAGACUGAAACAAAUUCAAGAUUAAUUGGAUCCAAUCUUGUUAAGCUGCAUAAAGUAAGAUUAUUCUAGAACACCAAAAGCCGACCAGCCCAAUUAUUGAGCACCUACAGUGUGCUAGGUUUCUUCCUCUUCGCCUUUGUGCAUUUCAGAGAAAAGAUCAGGUUUAAAAAUCUUCAUUUGAAGCCAGAGUAAUUUCCAUCUAGAGAAGAUGCUACCAAAAUCAAGAUCAGCCAGAGGAAAAACAAUCAAGGAGCCUGGGUUCUCGUCCCAGCUGUGUCUCUAACUGUCUGUGUGACCUUGGACUGUCACUUCCCUUUUUCUGUGCUUCAUUUUACUGCAAAAUAAAGGAUUCAACUGGAAUAAUCUCUAA